CAUGGUUAUGCCAUGCUAGCAAGAGAACGUGUUGAACUAAUGUUCGAAGGUGGAUGUUGGUUAUACGUGGACGACAUUCGCGAUGUGCAGGCUCUCUACCUGGGAAAGGGCUUUGAACAAGUAGGAGCUGUUUGA